AUGUCCGGUUUAGGGAAACGGGAUGCGGAGAAGGAUGACGGUAAGGAGGAUCUGGCGAUGGUCGAUCUCCUGAUUGAAGGAGUGAUGGGUCUCGUGGAACGUGCUUUCACCAGCAAUAUAGACGACAGGAGCGAGGAUUCGAUGGAUGCGGAGAACGAUUACCAGCAAGAGAUGCAGACGGUCGUUAAGGACAUUCCUCAGAAUCCUUCCGAGCAGCAGAAGCUUUCCAACCAGCCAGUGAAGCACGAUGUGAAGAACAGUCAAGCUGGAGACGCAGAAGAUUCUGAAGUGGAUAACGGUUUUGACGCAUACAAGCGAGACCAUCGCGAGAACAGCGACAGCGCCUAUGGCACAUUGCCCGCCGUAUCCCGUGAAAAUACGGUCCCAAUCACGGUCCCGGUAGCCGUAUCGAAGGCAACUGUUUUUGGAGAGCUUAGCAAAGACCAACAGGAUAAAGACUUAGGUGAGUUCUCAGACUGGAACAUCGAUUCUUGCGUGCGAAGCAAUCAUGAACAGGGAGAUAGCGAAGGAGCUGGUCCGAAACUCGAGUGUGAAGAUACAAGUCAGGGCCAAGGGACCGCAUUACAUCUCGAAAAGUUUGAGGAGCUCAGUAACUUGGAAGAGGAGCAGGUACCGACGGCGGACGGAAAGGCAAUCUCGAAAGUUGUUCAGAGCGUGAAGAGCAUCGCACCAGCUCUCGUGGCUGACUCCGAGGGACCAGGGGAAGUCUCAAACCUCUGCGACCUGGCAGUCCAGGCCCUUGUAGGUCAGCUGGACCGGGAGACCGACGCAGGGAUUUCAGGCACUCCGUGGCAGAACAAGACGAAGAGCCUAACGGAGACCACGGGCGUCGCCUACAUCUUUGUAGGGCCUCCCGUUAUGCUACCUCGACCCGCGCAAGCUCCGCCCCCGAGCUAUACGGGAUCAACGUGGGGCCCAGUAACAUUCAAUAUAGCUUCAACAGAGGAGAGCUUGACAGAGGAUUGGGGAGACCUAGCCGAGUUCGCUGCCUAUCUUGAUCUUGGGGACAUUGGCCUCGGCGAAGUUGUAGAUCCUCCCGGUGCUGGGAAAGACAACAACGCAACCCAGCUUCAAACAGUCAAUGAAGACCAGGAGUGGAUCUUGAAUUUUCGCCAGUACGCCUCGGCGGUGAUGGACUGGGCGGGAAUAACGGAGUCAAAAGCAAUGAGGCUAACGGUUCCGCGACCAUCUGUCGAAAAGGAAAGUGCGGUUGGUGCUUCUUCUACUGCUUUCAAGAUGUCGACUCAAGGUCUUGCUAAGAACAACAACAAUGCACAACCCACGAAGCAGCCGCAGCAUUAG